AUGGACGUGGACGUGGACGUGGACGUGGACGUGGACGUCGACAUGGUCGUGGGCGUGGACAUGGACAUGGACGUGGACGUGGACGUGGACAUGGACGUGGACGUGGACGUGGACGUGGACGUGGACGUGGACAUGGACGUGGACGUGGACGUGGACAUGGACGUGGACGUGGACAUCGACGUGGACGUGGACAUGGACAUGGACGUGGACGUCGACGUGGACAUGGACGUGGACGUGGACAUGGACGUGGAUAUGGACGUGGACGUGGACGUGGACGUGGACGUGGACGUGGACAUGGACGUGGACGUGGACGUGGACGUGGACGUGGACGUGGACAUGGACAUGGACGUGGACGUGGACGUGGACGUGGACGUGGACAUGGACGUGGACGUGGACAUGGACGUGGACGUGGACAUGGACGUGGACGUGGACGUGGACGUGGACGUGGACAUGGACGUGGACGUGGACGUGGACAUGGACAUGGACGUGGACGUGGACGUGGACAUGGACGUGGACCUGAACAUAGACGUGGACGUGGACGUGGACGUGGACGUGGACGUGGACGUGGACGUGGACAUGGACGUGGACGUGGACAUGAACGUGGACGUGGACGUGGACGUGGACGUGGACGUGGACAUAGACGUGGACGUGGACGUGGACGUGGACGUGGACAUGGAGGUGGACGUGGACGUGGACGUGGACGUGGACGUGGACGGGGACGUGGACGUAGACGUGGACGUGGACGUGGACAUGGACAUGGACGUGGACGUGGACGUGGACAUGGACGUGGACCUGAACAUAGACGUGGACGUGGACGUGGACGUGGACGUGGACAUGGACGUGGACGUGGACAUGGACGUGGACGUGGACGUGGACGUGGACGUGGACGUGGACAUAGACGUGGACGUGGACGUGGACGUGGACAUGGAGGUGGACGUGGACGUGGACGUGGACGUGGACGUGGACGGGGACGUGGACGUAGACGUGGACGUGGAGGUGGACGUGGACGUGGACGUGGACCUAGAGGUGGACGUGGACGUGGACGUGGACAUGGACGUGGAUGUGGACGUGGACGUGGACAUGGACGUGGACGUGGACGUGGACGUGGACGUUGACGUGGACGUGGACGUGGUCGUGGACGUGGACGUGGACGUGGACGUGGACCUGGUCGUGGACGAGGACGUGGACGUGGACGUGGACGUGGACGUGGACGUGGACAUGGUCGUGGACGUGGACGUGGACGUGGACGUGGACGUGGACAUGGUCCUGGACAUGGACGUGGACGUGGACGUGGACGUGGACAUGGUCGUGGACGUGGACGUGGACGUGGACGUGGACGUGGACGUGGACCUGGUCGUGGACGUGGACGUGGACGUCGACGUGGACGUCGUCGUGGACGUGGACGUGGACGUUGACGUGGACGUGGACGUGGACAUGGUGGACGUGGACGUGGACGUGGACAUAGAGGUGGACGUGGACGUGGACGUGGACAUGGACGUGGACGUGGACGUGGACAUGGACGUGGACGUGGACGUGGACGUGGACGUUGACGUAGACGUGGACGUGGUCGUGGACGUGGACGUGGACGUGGACGUGGACGUGGACCUGGUCGUGGACGUGGACGUGGACGUGGACGUGGACGUGGACAUGGUCGUGGACAUGGACGUGGACGUGGACGUGGACGUGGACGUGGACAUGGUCAUGGACGUGGACGUGGACGUGGACGUGGACGUGGACGUGGACAUGGUCGUGGACGUGGACGUGGACGUGGACGUGGACGUGGACCUGGUCGUGGACGUGGACGUGGACGUCGACGUGGACGUGGUCGUGGACGUGGACGUGGACGUUGACGUGGACGUGGACGUGGACAUGGUCGUGUGGACGUGGUCGUAG